UCGACUGCUUCCGCGUCGCUACGCCGCGUGUGACCCCACCUCGGUCACGGCUCUGCGCGGCCGGUCUGCGCAUAUGCCAGGCUGAGCUUCUUUCGGCCAGUUUCCCGGGGCUUUGAGACGGGACGGGGCGGGGAUGGGGACCUGGGCCCCUGGCGGCUGCCGUUUCGGUCGCUGAGAGCCAGCCCUACAGCCACAGUCCUUCCAACACGCUCGGCCUCCCCGCUUUCAGAGCACCCCCUCCCCGGAUAAGACACCGACUCGGCCGGGGGGGGCAGAUCCCCCGACCACUUUUUUCCCUCCUCUUCAGCGCCUUCCCCUUCCCAUCCCUGAGCCCGGCCUUCCUGCGUUUCCAGCCGGCCCCUCACCCUCAAAGCAGACGUGGGAUUGGAGGAGGGAGUUUGGCCAGGGAUGGGACUUACCAAACUCCUUGGGGACCUUGAUUCCCAGGGAAGAAUGGCAGUGACCCAGCACGGAUUGGGGACCCAGUCAGGCAGCCCAGAAAGAGGGAGAUUAUACAAACAGAUGUAAAGACCCACUUAACAACAUGUGUGAACCUGUCUACAAGGCUGGGACGGGAUAUGAGGUGCGAAGAAUCCAGUUUCAACCGAGUGGUGUAUCAGAAAAAGAUGCCAUCUCAGUGUUGGUUUGUGUUUAUUUUCCGCUGACCCUAUGGGUGAAGAUAUCCUUGACCAUGACUGCAUCUGAAUAUGUUCCAGCUCAUCCGAUGUUACAUCACCAGGUUGAAAGCUAUGGAGAUCUCCACAAGGAUUUGGAGAAGAGUCCUAAUAGUUAUUAAAAUUCUGGACUAGAUCUACUAGGAAAGGUAGAUGGACUAUAAGGCACUUGCCCAAAAAACUGCUCAAGAAAUUUUAGGUUACUAUCAAGAUACAUCAGGCUGGAAAGUGGUUAAGACUUCAGACACAUUCAUAUGUCAUACCAUUACACAAAGUUUUGCCAUGGGCUCAAUAUCCCCCCGAGACUUUAUCGGCUUAGUGUAUUUGAAGCACUACGAAGGGAAUAUGGAUAUUAUCAGUUCUACUAGUGUGGAUUUUCCAGCAUAUCCUCCAUCUUCAAAUUAUAUCCGUGGUUGUAACCAUGCUUGUGGCUAUAUAUGUUCACCUCUGCAAGAAUAAGUGAACCCAGCAUAUUCCAAAAUAGUGAUGUUUGUCCAGACAGAAAUGAGAGGAAAAUUGGCCCCAUCAAUAAUUGAAGCAACGAUGCCUUCCAAUUUAGGAAGCUUCCUCCUCAAUGUAAAAGAUGGAGUAAAGACACACAAAAUUCCAUCAGGACGUGGAUGUCAUCAUAAUGGGCAUUCGUCAUUCCUAAAGAAGAAAUGAGGCCAUUUAAAAUCAUGUGUGGCAGUUAACUGCCUUUUACUUCUAAGUCAAUAUGCAUAAAUACUGUUACACUAUUCUAAACUGUAUUCUUGAACAAACUAUUGAAGGUACUUUGUGAAAAUAAGAGCUCAUAGUUGUACAAGAGAAGCAUUAAAUAUAGUUUUUAAUCUCAUAUAAGAAUAAUGUUAAACAACAAGUGUUCUUAAUGGACUUUUAUCUUUUGCUUUUUUUCCCUGGAAAAUGCUCUGCAAGAAAACAUCAAUAAGAAAGCAUAUACAGUUAGAGGUCAGCAUUAAUUAAAGAUUAAAAUAUAUUUUAAAUUGUUUUUCUUUCACUUACUGCUUAAAUUGAUAACUGUAGGAAACAGGAACAUAAAAAUUGAAAAGAAUUCCACUAGAAUGUUUGACAACUGAUACCUGGAAUCUGCAGCUGAAUCAUGAAUCAAUUUUUGGUCUGGCCAGAAUGUAGUAGCCUGUUCCUCCCAAGUCCUUCCUCGUAAAACUAGAAGACCUGCACUUAGCACAACAGACAAGCAUAGGAAGACUCCAGCAUAGGUGGCAAGAAGGCAAGCUGGCCAAGGACCUGGGGACUUGAGGAAUGUCUUAGCAGUGAGUUCUCUGGGUUUCCUUAUUGCCAUCCGUAUAUUCCAGACGGGGCGCUGCAGAAGCCUCCAACCUGGGACUGCUGACAGGAAAGAGGAAAAAAGAGGGGGGAGGCUUUAGGAAAAGGCCUGCUCCUCUGCUCCUCCUCGCCAUAGGAGUGUCCACAAACCAAAGGGGGGCCCAGCAGAACACCAGCCAAACACCAGCCUAAAAACUGCACCUACCCCACCGUGUGGGCAAAGCAGAGCGAAUCUGCCACCCCACCUCAUCUCUGCGCCGCAGGAGCAGGCGGUGGUGCUUGGACACCCCCAGCCUGUGGUGUCGGCAAGGUCGAGCAGGGAGCUCAUCUUCCACCUUCCGUCCGGCAGAGGCAGGUAUGGUGCUUUGAUAUCCCUGCUGGGGUGGUGGUAGUGGGAUUCAGUGGCAAAGUGAGCUUGCACCCGCACCUGGCAGCAGCAAGAUGUCACCAGCUAAGUCAAGGAAGAGCUAGUCACCAGUCAGCUUCCCUGAUCCUUGGUGUCCCCAAGGCCCAGCACGAUGUGAGCCUCCAUCCCCACCCAGCAUCAGUGUUUUCCCCUCUAUAGUGUGUUGAAUGGUGACCCCCAGAAGGUACAUCCUUGUCAAAUCCCUGGAACCUUGAAUGUGACCUUAUUUGGAAAAAGGAUCUUGGCAGAUGUAAUUAAAUUAAGGACCUCAGGAUGAGAUCAUCCUGGAUUAUCAGGCUCUAAGUCCAGUCACAAGUGUCCUCAUAAGAGAUGCACAAAGGAGAGACAUGUGGAGAGGAGGAGGCCAUGUGAAGACAGAGGCAGAGAUUGGGGUUGUGCAGCCCUAAGCCAAGCAACACCUAGAGCUGCCAGAAGCUGAAAGAGGCAAAGAAAGAUUCUCCCCUAGAGCCUUCAGAGGAAGUGUGGCCCUGCCGACACUUUAAUUUCAGACAUCUGGCCUCCAGAGCUGUGAGAAUAAAUUUCUGUUCCUUUAAGCCACCAAAUUUGUGGUAAUUUGUUACGAUAGCUAUAGGAAACUAAUAUACCCUCACUGGUGUCAGCAGGGUUCAGUGGGAAUCUGGGCCUCUGCUCCUAGCUUGCAUCAACAAGGUGAAACAAGGUGUGGGACAUGGGGUCAGUCAGCACUCCACUUCCCCUUCCCCUCCCUGGUGUCAUCGGGGCCCAGUGGGGAGCUGAGCUUAUAUUUGCACUUGGAGGCAACAAAUCUAUGCAAAUCAGUGCCCAUUUUUGCCAGGAAGGGGAGCUGAGCUGCCCCCUCACAUCUGCAAUGAGGGUCGGUCAGUGCUCUACUUUCACCAGGGUGGUGAGAGCAGGGCCUAGUGGGGAGCUGAAUGUACAUACCCACCAGUCCUCUCCUUACACCUCAGCUAGGAGACUGCCUGCUGAGAUGGAAGGUUCAAUAGGAUCCAGAGUCCUUUGGAAAGGAAAGAAGAACAGCGGAAUGGGUAAAAAGAGGUGAAAAUGUCAAAUGUCAUAUACUGUUCUCAGGAGUAUAUUAAAUCACAUUUGAUGGUUGACAGCGGUACAAAAGCAAUUCAUUGGAGGAAGGACAGCCUUUCAGCAAAUGGUGUUGGAGUAACUAACAUCCAAAGGCCUAAUCCUGCACUUUGUACAAAAAUUAACUCAACAUGGAACAUGGGCUUAAAUGUAAAACAUUAAACUACAAAACUUCUAGGAGGAAAAUCUUCAGAACCUACAGCUAGGCAGAAUUCUUACACUGGAUACCAAAAGUAUGAUCCAUAUAAGGAAAAAUAGCAAAUUA